UCGGUGCCUUUUCUUCCAUCCUCGCUUCCUUUCUUCGUCUCCCUUUCUCUCUCUGCUCUCACCACCGCUUCCACACUGCUUUCAGUCCAUCUUCAUCUAUUACCCAUCAGCUUCGAACGCUGUCCACUCGCGUUUACAGAAGAACCAUCCGCCGGUUUAUCUCUUGAGCCGCCAGAGAAAGCCACAGUAGUGAGAAUACCCGAAAAGCUGUCUAUGUAUUCGUCCUGCGUCAGAGAUUUCGACCACCACCUGCCGCUCAAGCUGCAAACGUUUCGCUCUAUAUCGAAACAUUGUAGUUUCUACUCAAAGUCCUGUGGCUGAGACCUGCUGAGGCUUGCUGCCCAUCGUUGCACUGUACUAGUCGUCUCUGUUUAGAACAACCGCCACCAUUCCACCACCAACAAAAAAUAGAGAGACUCGCGGCGUAUGUCUUGUCUCUUGAAAACAUCUUUUGUCCAGGUUCCCUCCCGCUUCUUCUCUCGUUCGUCGUCCACCUUUUGAAUUCGUCGAAAAACAACUUCCAAUAAACCGUCAUCAUGGCUCCCAACAACAUCAACAUCCGUCGCGAUGUCACUGAUCCCUUCUACCGCUACAAAAUGGAGCCCUUGCAGUCCAAGAUUGAGGGCAAGGGCAACGGUAUCAAGACUGUCGUCGUCAACCUGAACUCGGUUGCCCAAUCGCUGAGCCGUCCUCCUGCCUAUGUCAUCAAGUAUUUUGGGUUCGAACUCGGUGCCCAAGCCAACGCUAAGCCUACCGAUGACCGCUGGAUCAUCAACGGUGCCCAUGAUGCCAGGAAACUUCAAGACUACCUUGACGGAUUCAUCUCCAAGUUCGUCCUCUGCAAGAAGUGCAAGAACCCGGAAACCGAUGUCAGCAUCAAGGACGAGAAGAUCAUCUUGGACUGCAAAGCCUGUGGUCAGCGCACGGAUGUCGAUCCCCGUCUCAAGCUGAGCACCUUCAUUCUCCGCAACAACACCUCUGGCAAAGGGAAGAAGGACAAGGCUUCCAAGAAAGCUCGCCGUGAGCGGAAGAAGGAGGAGACGAACGGUGAAAAUGGUAGCCCCGGUGACAGCAACUCUGACAACGGCGAUGGCGAGAAUGGCGAUGCCCCCGAAGCUCACAGCGAUGACGAGCUCACUCGCCGCAUCAAAUCCGCUGCUCAGGACAUUGAGGCGGACGACGAAAUCGAGGACGACAACUGGGCCGUCGAUGUCUCGGAAGAGGCAGUCAAGGCCCGUGCCAAGGAGCUUCCUGACGACUUGAAGCGCACCCUUGUUCUUGAAGACGUUGAUGACGAGGGUGCCGACGGCCCUUCGGCUUACGAUGAACUUGGCAGCUGGAUCAUCAGCACCGCCGAGGAGAAGGGUGGCGUCUCCAAGGUUGAGGAUGUGGAAAUCUACCUCAAGGCCAAGGAGUACGGUAUCGAGUCCAAGCACAAGACCCUUGCUGUUCUUGCUCAGACCAUCUUCGACGACAAGAUCGCCAAGCAGAUCGAGGGCCGCGCUCCCAUGCUUAAGAAGCUGAUUACUUCUGAGCGCCACGAGAAGGCCUUCCUCGGUGGUACCGAGCGCUUCGUCGGCAAGGACCGCCCUCAGCUCAUCUCUCAGGUCCCUGCCAUCCUUCUCGCUUACUACCAGAACGACCUUAUCUCUGAGGAAACCCUCAAGGCCUGGUGCUCCAAGGCCAGCAAGAAGUACGUCGACUCUGCCACCAGCAAGAAGGUUCGCAAGGCCGCCGAGCCCUUCCUUCAGUGGCUCGAGAGUGCUGAGAGUGACGAGGAGAGCGAGGAAGACGACGAGUAAAUUCGUGGGCUGUAGCUUUUUUCUUCUUCUUGCAGGGUACCUCGUGAUCUCAUGUUUCUGUUUCUGACCCUUGUCACUCCUUUCAACAUGCGCACCAACCAGACUGCCAGACUGUUAGUUUUGUCGUCAUUACUUUGCUAGUCGCAAAGUUGCGCCUCCCGUUAGCUUCUAAUAGCAAUCUCUGCUCAGAACAUUCUUUCCGUCAACUCAAUUUUGUUGUAGCCAUUGCCUAGCCAACCGCACCAAAGUGUGUACAAAUUUUUGACCUGUAGUUGUAGUCAAUGUCGGACCUUGGACAGGACACUCUCGAGUCACUGCCCAAGCUCUAGUACAUGGCCAAUGUAUACGUACCAUCCAGGAAACUACCGCCAAUAAUGAUCCACAAUAACACUCUUCAUCUUAUCAAUA